AUGUCUACUGCCGUCGACAACCUUGCCGAAAACCUUAAGAACGCCAGCCUUGAGGAUACCUCUGCUGCCAACAACGAGAGCGUUCUGGCCUCCGCAGCCGAAGGUCGUCGAUUGUACAUCGGGAAUCUCGCUUAUGCGACCACUGAGGCGGAACUCAAGCAGUUCUUUUCUGGCUACGAUGUCGAGUCAACCUCCAUCCCUGUCAACCCCCGCACCAACCGCCCCGUCGGCUACGCCUUUGUUGAUCUGAAGACUGCAGAAGAGGCGGAAAAGGCCAUCGAGAACCUAUCGGGCAAGGAGAUUCUUGAGCGCAAGGUCUCUGUCCAAGUUGCCCGCAAGCCAGAUCAAGCCGCAACCCCUGAGGGUGCCGCCGAAGGUGCUGAGGCUGACCGCAAGAGAGCCGCUGGACGCGGUCGUGGUGGCCGCGGACGUGGCCGAGGUGGACGUGGCCGUGGAGGUGCAAGGGGCACUGCUGUAGGUUAUGCGAAAAAUCUGCGACCUGAAGAACGGACGACUGACUCAUUACAGGAGGCUGGUGCGCCUGCCACCGAGCUCGCAGAGACCCUCCUUCCCUUGACAGACGUCACUGCCGAAGCCAACAAGGCCGCUCCCGCAGCUGACGCUAAAUCUCGAAUUCCUCGUCCCCCAAAGCAACGAGGUCCUCCAGAAGAUGGCAUCCCGUCAACCACCAAAGUCAUGGUUGCCAACUUGCCCUACGACCUGAGCGAGGAAAAGCUCAAGGAACUCUUCGCUGCCUACCAACCCAGCUCUGCCAAGAUUGCUCUGCGUCCCAUCCCACGAUUCAUGGUCAAGAAACUCGCAGCCCGCAACGAGCCUCGCAAGGGCCGUGGCUUCGGCUUCGUCACACUUGCAUCCGAGGAGAUGCAGAAGAAGGCUGUUGAAGAGAUGAAUGGCAAGCAGAUCGAGGGUCGUGAGAUCGCUGUCAAGGUCGCCAUCGAUAGCCCAGGAAAGGAAGAUGGUGCUGAGAUGACUGAAAAUGGUACCAACGGCACGACCGAGGAGGUUGCUGCUGCUUAA